GCGAAAAGGUCAUUUGAAGGUCCAAUGAUGAUAGCGCAUGACAGUUCUAACUUCUGAUACAACGCCAUCUAUUGAACUUUUUGUUAUGACAACUUACUUCUCACGACUAGACGUUCAACUGCAAGAGGAGUUGAAAAAGACAGCCGAAGCUAUAUUAGCUUCAGGCAAAGGCAUCCUUGCUGUUGAUGAAACUAACGAGGGCAUUGGAAAGCUACUGAAGAAUGUCGGUUUGGAGAACACUGAAAAUAAUAGGCGAAGAUACAGAGAGUUGCUGUUCACAACCCCCGAUUUAGCUGAACAUAUUUCUGCUGUAAUUCUUUACGAUGAGACCGUUUAUCAAACAACUGGUGACGGUACACCGUUUAUAGAGCUCUUAAAUAAACUAAAUAUCAUACCUGGAAUUAAAGUAGAUAAGGAUGUCACGGCGUUGUUCCUUUCCGAAGACGAAAUGACUACUCAAGGCUUAGAUGAUUUAGGUAAACGUUGCGCCGCGUAUAAAAAGCAGGGAUGCCGAUUUGCAAAAUGGCGUUGUCCCGUCAAAAUAGGACUGAACACGCCCUCCGUUCGGGCUAUCAACGAUACAGCCACAAUCCUGGCACGAUAUGCGUCCAUAUGCCAAAGCGAAGGCUUGGUGCCGAUUGUGGAACCCGACGUUCUGUUAGAUGGUGACCACGACAUAGAGAGAGCCCAAAAAGUGACUGAAGUAGUACUGGCCGCCGUUUACAAAGCAUUGAAUGACCACCAUGUGUUUCUAGAGGGAACGCUGCUUAAGCCAAAUAUGGUAACACCUGGACAAGGAUGUACUAAGAAAAGUACGCCUAAAAAAAUAGCUAUUGCAACUAGAACAGCCCUAUUGAGGGGAGUGCCAGCUGCCGUACCAGGUAUAGCUUUUCUUUCCGGUGGUCAAACAGAAGAGGAAGCGACUAUGAAUUUAAAUGAAAUUAACAAGGUUCAAGGUAAAAAGCCAUGGAUCCUUACAUUUAGUUAUGGCAGAGCUCUACAAGCAUCUGUCUGGCAGACGUGGGCAGGUAAAGAUGAAAAUCUUGUGAAGGCGCAAAAGGAAUUACUGAAACGGACCAAGGCUAACGGUCUCGCGUCGCUUGGAAACUACAAAGCUGGUACCGCUAUUUCUGCAGCUGGUGACGAAACAAAUUACAGUGCCAAUUAUAAGUAUUAAUAAAUUCGAUUUAAAAUUGUAUCCAAUCUAGCUGCCACAACAUUA